AAAAAGAAUAAAUAAACCCAAUUGAGAAAACCUCAAGAGCCCCCAUUCGCUCAUUCUCUUGGCCAUGCAUGAUUUCAUAUUCUUUUUGCCUCCGCUGAAUUUUCAAUCCAACAAAGAAAGCAGAAAGUUUAUGAAUGAACCCCAGUAUAAAUUGAACCUAUACAAAACAUGUUCAUAUACCAAAAUCCCAUCUAUUUUACUUCAUAUUACCUAAAUUUAAUAAUUAAUAAAAUAAAGAUUGAGAUAUAGAAUGAGAAAGGUGGAGGUUGCAAUAAUAUGUCUCUUUUCAUUGUUUUUCGUAGCCAUGCCUGUUAAACUGCCACAAAGGCCACAGCUGAUGGCCCCACCCCGUCCACUUUGUGCUUCACAAUUUUCCCUGGUCAACUAUGCGUGUGCGGCGCUGCCAUUAACCCCCUUCUCACCACCACCUCCUCGCAAUCGCAACCAUAGCCGCAGCCGCAGCCGCAGUAACAGCCGCCGUCGCAGUCGCAAGCAUAGGCGCAGGCACGGGCACCGUGAGACGGAAAUGCAAAGUUACUGUUGUCAAUGGCUGAAGCAGGUGGACACUGAGUGUGUAUGCGACGUUCUGGUUCACUUGCCCACCUUCCUUUCUAGGCCUAAACAUCAGUACACCGUUGUCGUUGAUGAUACCUGCACCGUCAAUUAUUCAUGUGGGGGGCGAAUAGAACCAUGAUUCCACAACCUCCUUUUCUUCUGAUUUUGCUUGAAUCUAUGUAAUUGAAAUCAUGUCCAUCUUUAUUAUUGAAAAAAAAAUCUUGUCUAUUUGCUUUUUGCAAUAUCAAAUUUGACGCCCAAACAGCAGAUGUUAAUAAGAAAUUUUAGUUUUAGAAUUCUGUCCCUGUAGUGACAAGAUAAAUUAAAGCUAAAGUUUUUGUUCA